GGAAUCAAGUUGUUUUGAGAUGGCUUUACUUUUAUCAUGUUGGCUUGCCAUUGAAAUCAUUCUCAUCCCACAUGGAUUUGAGAAAUGGUAUCGCCUCAGCUUCUUCAUCCAUCCAGUCCUGCUUGUUUUGUGCCAGAUUUUCUUAUGGGCCCAAUUUCUAGCAAGUGGGAUAUUGAUUUUAAUCAUCCAUCCUCUUAAACGCAUUUGGUAUGCGUUUUUAUGGGUCUUUAGACUUCUAAGAAAUCGAGUAAUGUCCAUGAAUUUCCAAUGCGGACCAGAUGAUUAUGGAGUUACACAGGGUAGUGGAACGUAUGAAGCAUUCGGUGUUAAUGGCCCAAUUCAAAGUAUAGUGUUAUAUCAUUCUUACAGAGAUGCGCAGAUCAUAGAUGGAUCAAAAGGAGUAUUAGGAGAUAAUAGAGACCUGUCUGAAGAGGAGGAAGACAACGAGGAAGAAUCAGAUGUUCAAGUGUAUGGGGAUUCAGAAGCGGACGAGUCGUCUUCCCUUAAUUGUAGCUCUGAGUCGGUUUCCCUUAUGUGUAGCUCUGAAUCGUCCAUCGCUGAAAGGGUAGGGGAGAACACAAGUGAAGAAGAAGAUGUGACGGCUUCCCUUAUGUGUAGCUCUGAAUUGUCCAUCGCAGAAGGGGUAGUGGAGAACAGAUGUGAAGAAGAAGAUGUACAAAUCGAUGAGUUUUACAACAAGUACACUGAAAGAAUGAAAUGGUUUGACCUACUCAAUUACGAGCGAACAUGCGGAAUAAACGCUGAUGCAGGUGCAAUCUUGAACAAGAAAAUGGGGAAUUCGAGCUUAUUAGAGAGCAAUAUUGAGCCUGUGAAUUUCUCUCUCCCUUAUAUAAACUGUAGCAAGGAGACUAGAAGAAAGCUUAUAAGGAGCUUGGAGAGUGAUUUUGAAUUGGUGUAUGUGGGCCAGACAUGCUUAUGUUGGGAAGCCCUUCAUCAUCAAUAUAGGAAAGUUGAGGCACUUGCGGACACUUCUACUUGUAUAAGAAGUGCAUUCUAUGAGAAAGUGGCAGGGAAAUUCCAACAAUUUCAGGUCUUGUUGGAGAGGUUUAUGGAGAAUGAGAGGAUUGGAGGUCAAAGGUUUUGGAAUUAUGUCCAAAGCAGACUGCCACUCAAAUAUCUACUACAAGUUCCUGAGAUUCCAGGUAUUGAACUUCCCCUACAAAAGAAAUGCAAUGGCCACUAG